AUGCCCUGACUGGGGAUUGAACCUGCAACCUUGGUGUAUCAGGACGAUGCUCUAACCAACUGAGCUACCUGGCCAGGUUCUUUCGUGGUUUCAGUGAUAAAUUGUGUCUCAUCACAUGUCAGAGAAGCAUAGAAAGACAACUCUAGAGACAGUGAAUGUGGAAAAAAAUUUUAGCAAAAUGUGUACACACUCAUAGCAAUAAAAUGUGUACAUUUUAACACCAAACUAACUCAUGUAUCACAAUUUUAUACAUUGAGAAUCUGGAAAGACUUCUCUGAUAAAUGAAAUCUUGGGCGCAGGAAUUGUGUUAUGUAGUGAAAAAUCUAUGAAUGUAAUGAAAGUAGAAGUACAACUGUAUUAGUUUCUUGUGGCAGCUGUAGCAUUGCCACAAAUUCUGUGGCUUAAAACAAUACAGAUUUAUUAUCUUACAGUUCUGGAGGUCUGCAGUCAAAAUGCAACUCACUAGACUAAAGGUAAGGUGCUAGCAGGGCUGCAUUUCUUUUUGGAGGCUCUAGGGAAGAGUCUGUCUUUUUGCUCUUCCAGCUCCUAGAAGCUGCCCCAAUUCUGUGGUCUGCAACCGCCUUCCAUCCUCAAAGCCAGCCAGGACUGUUCAGUUCUUUGAUGACUCUAAUACUGAUUCUUCUGCCUCCUUCUUCCAUAUUGAAGGAUCCUUAUGAUCAUAUUGGGCCCACCCAGAUAAUCCAGGAUAAUGUCCCUAUCUUAAGAUCAGUUAAUUAGCAACCGUAGCUCAUCUGCUACUUUGAUUCCUUUGCCUUAGAACUUAACAUUCACCAGUUCUGGCAAUUAGGAUGUAGACCCUCUGGCACCCAGUGAUUCAUGUCUAUCCCACAUGCAAAAUGCAUCCACCCUAUCUUAACAUCUCCAAGUGUCUUAAUCUACCACAGCACCAAGUCAAAAUCCAGGACCUCAUCUAAAUCUUACCAGCUUAGAUAGAAAUGCCUAACAUUUGGAGAAUCACAGUGGAACAUCAGGAGUGUAUUGGUUCAGUGGGUGGUUCUAGUUGGAUCUAUACUAAAGACUGCUAGAAACCCUGUCAACAAAGCAUAAAUGCAAGCCACUAAAGGACUUGUUUCCAAAUGUUUUACCUGCUUCCCAGAACAAAGCCAAUAGUUGUUUCUUUCUAAAUAGUUUACACUUAGAAAUUUCAAAGUUAUACACAAAUUUCUUGCCCAUUCUUUUUGCAGAUUGUCCUAAGUGAAAAUAUUUUACCACCUAUCUUUUAUCAUAUUAUUUCUGUCAUCACACACACACUCAAAUGUACAUAUUGUUUUUCAGAACUCUUUACCCCUAAAUACUUAAGUGUGUAUUUCCUAGAAACAAGGUCAUUUUUUUACAUAACUAAAAUAGUUAUCAAAAUCAGAAUAUUAACACUGAUAUAGAACUAUAACCCAAUCUACAGAGCUUAUUCAAAUGUUACUAAUUAUCUCACUAAUAUUUUUUAUAUUAAAAGUUAUUUUUCUGAACCUCUUCUUGAUAUCUAGUGGAUUCUGUUGAGGGCACACUGGCUUUCAUCCAGAAGUCAGAGCUCACUGAUUAUGACUCAACUCCAUUAGAGAAGAAACUAUGUGGGUGCAAUGAAUGUGCAGUGAAUACUUAUAAGCCACUAUGACCAUGCCUCAGAGAACUCAUCCAGGAAAGAAAUCCCAUGAAUGCCAUGAUUGUAGGAGAGCCCUUCCCAGUAAGUUGAAGCUAGUUACUCAACAGGAACCUUACACAAGGGAGAGAUCAGGUGUAUGCAAUCAAUGUCAAAAAGCUUGCAUUACAAAGUGCUCAUCUAUCAUCAGAAAACCCAUCAUAGAGAAGGCAAAUCCUAUGCAUGCAAUAAAUGUGGGAAAGCUUUUCCUUGGAAGUCAAAACUCACUUUACAUCAGAGAACUCAUUCAGGAGAGGGACCUUUCAGAGGCAGAGUCUGUGAUAAAGCCUUCAUGAUUAGGACACGUCUCAGUGUACAUCAGAGAGUUCACACAGGAGAGGGACCAUAUGGCUGCAGUGAAUGCCCACAAGCUUUCAUCCAAAAGUCAGCUCUCACUAAUCAUAAGAAAACUCAUCACGCAAUAGGAAAGUCCCAUGAAUGCAGUGAGUAUGGGCGGGUUUUGUCCUCUAAGUCAGCUCUCAUUGUACAUCAGAGAACCCACUCAGGUGAGAAACCCUUCAAAUGCGGUGCAUGUGAUAAAGCUUUCACGGCUAAACCCUAUCUUACCGUACACCAGAGAAUUCAUACAGGAGAGAAACCAUAUGAACGCUGUGAUUGUAAGAAAGCACUUGCUACUUUGUCAACUCUCAUCAGUCACCAGAGAACUCACACAGGAGAGAGGCCCUGUGGAUGCGAUGAAUGUCAAAAAGCUUUCUUUCGGAAGUCAGCUCUUAUUAAUCAUCAGCAAACUCAGCACAGAGGAAACCCCUCUAUGCAAUGACUGGGGGAAUGUGAGACUCAUGCAGAAUAGAAAUGCCAUAAAUGCUGUGUUUAUAACAGACCCUGCUGGAAAUCCUGUAGGAAAGAAACCUUAGAGAUGAAACGAAAGUUGGAAGUCUUCCAUUUGAAGACAUCCUCAUAUUAUACCCUAGGGAUCUUACCAAAAGAGAAACAUCAUAAAUACAGUGAUUGUCAAAAUGUUUCAUGUGAAAGCCAGAGGCUAUGCAUUUAGCAGCCAGCACCUAUGAAUGCAGUGAGAUUGGUGGUUACCAGGGCCGGGAGGAAGGGAGAAUGGAUACUGACGGAUUCAUGGGUCUCUGGUUUUCUUUUAGAAUGUUUUGGAUCUGGAUAGAGGCGGUGUUUCUAUAACGUUUGUGAAUGUGGUAACUUUCACUGAACUGCAUACUUUGAAAUGGUUGAUUUGACAUUGUGUGAAUUUUACAUCAAUAAAAAUACUUUUAAAAAGAAUAA